AUGACUACUACUAUGGUUGAUGAUGCUAAGAAGCCUGUCUAUGAAUCUACUAGCCUCUUCCGUAUUUGGUGGACGAACAAGAACCUACAAUACGAUAUCGUGAUGACUUGCAUCCUCAAAAUCCUCAACAUUGCAGCGAACUUGUAUAUGACACACCACAAGAUUCCCUUAACCGCAGAUGAAUCAUCUUUGACGGUUUGCUUACUAAUGUACUUAGUGUGCGGCAUGAUGAGUUUCAUGGGGUGGUGCAUGGCAAUGACUGCUGUUGAAGGUUAUGACAUGUACAUAUGUGGACGCAUUGGUCACAUCUUUGGCUUGAGUGUUCUCCUUCACCUCCUCUAUUCUAUCUCUCCAAGUUUGGCUCUAUGGUUUGGUAUCCCAUCGUUGUUAUGGGUCUUUGCCGCUUUCAUUGAAGCUCUUUAUGCAUUAUGUCUACCCCAACUAUUUAAAGCUUUAAGAGAUCACUGGGACUAUUUGAAUCAACCACUCCUCAGAGUUGUUAAUGUUUAG